AUGCAUCCUCUAAUGAGCACCUUUCAGCCACGUGUUUUCCCGUUUCGUAGUCAAUACAGCGUCGACAGAGGCGGUAAUGUGGGCUAUCAGUCGAAAGUGAGAGUCGUCGACAAGUACAAAGUCAUCGGCUUCAUCAGUAGUGGAACCUAUGGCCGGGUGUAUAAGGCCAUUAGCCGGCAAGGUCAGCCGGGCGAGUUUGCUAUCAAGAAGUUCAAACCAGACAAGGAAGGGGAGCAGGUCCAAUAUACGGGAAUAUCGCAGUCAGCUGUCCGCGAGAUGGCACUUUGCUCAGAACUUAGCCACGAGAAUGUCAUUCGUCUGAUCGAAAUUAUAUUAGAGGACAAGUGCAUCUUCAUGGUGUUCGAAUACGCCGAGCACGACCUCCUACAAAUCAUUCACCACCAUACUCAACAACCACGCCAUAGUAUCCCUCCCUCGACGGUCAAAAGCAUCAUGUUCCAGCUGCUAAAUGGGUGUCAGUACCUACACAGCAACUGGGUUCUACAUCGAGAUCUUAAGCCCGCCAACAUCAUGGUAACUUCAAGCGGGCAGGUAAAAAUUGGUGAUUUGGGGCUAGCCCGGCUUUUUUACAAACCGUUGCAUUCUCUAUGGAGCGGCGAUAAGGUCGUGGUGACAAUAUGGUAUCGCGCUCCGGAACUGUUAUUGGGUAGCCGGCACUACACGCCGGCGAUAGACAUGUGGGCGGUCGGCUGCAUUUUCGCAGAGCUUCUAUCAUUGAGGCCUAUUUUCAAAGGAGAAGAGGCCAAGAUGGACAAGAAGACUGUGCCAUUCCAACGUAAUCAGAUGCAGAAAAUAGUUGACAUCAUGGGCAUGCCUACUAAGGAGCGCUGGCCAUAUCUACCAAGUAUGCCCGAGUUUAAUAAUCUAAGCAUGCUGCAGCCGCCCAUGCAACAUCCGGGCCACCAUCACCAUCACCAUCACCACGGCAAAUCAACAGGGUCGAUUAGCCACCUUGAAAAGUGGUACUACAGUACCAUCGGUGCACACUCGUCAACCUCGUCCCCUAGCUCCAACAGUAGCCUCGCGGUCCUCGGUGCAGAGGGCUACAAACUCCUCUCUGGUCUGCUAGAGUAUGACCCGGAACGACGGCUGACAGCAGCGCAGGCGCUGCAGCACCCGUUCUUCCAAGCGACACCGUCAGGUGGAGGCAUCGGCGUGACGGCAAGCUGCUUCGAGGGUCUCAAAGUAGCGUACCCGCAACGUCGCGUCAGUCAGGACGACAACGAUAUCCGCACCGCUAGCCUACCUGGUACCAAGCGUUCCGGUUUACCGGAUGAUAGCGUCGUCAGGCCGGUGAAGAGAAUAAAAGAAGCUUAG